CACCGUUUAUCGCCUUUCCGGGGUCGGGGUGUUUUGCUGAGUCCACACCUCCCUCUGGGAUGCCCCGCUGUCCAACGAACUCCUAGAGACGAAUGGCUGAAUGGAGGCUCUCCCGUGUGUGUCGCCGCGGCCGGCCGCCGUGUCCGGGCUGACGUCGCUGGUGGUUCUCAUCCUGGUCCUGAGCGGACAUCUUGACGCUCUGCGGGUGAUUGCGGGAAACAAGACCGUGGUGCAAGGGGAGAGCGUUAUCUUGACCUGCAAACUUGUGGACUCCACGGAGGAGCUCACCCAGAUCUCUUGGCAGAGGUCGACCAGAGGAAAGCCCCAGAAUAACAAUUUCUUGACGGUCCAGUCCUCCAAUGGACCACUGUUUGUCAAUGGGCGCGAUGAUCAGUUGAAAUUUAUUGGGAGCUUCCGUGAGAAGGAUGGAUCUUUCCAGAUAUCCAAUGUCACAUUGCUGCAUGAAGGCGUCUACUCCUGCAUCUUCACUUUGUUCCCCAGUGGAGCUCACAAGACAACGAUACUUCUUAACGUGCUCGUGCCUCCAGUCACACGUGUGGAAGAUAAUCUUCCAUUUCUGGCUGAUGAAGAAGUUAGCAUUGCUACCUGCACGGCUGCAGGUUCCAAGCCUCCUGCAGAGGUGAGGUGGCUCACCGGUGCUCUGGGAGAACAACUGCGGGCAACAACCAGCUCCACCAACCACACCAACGGUACGACUACCACAGUCAGCUCCCUGCUCGGAGUGCCGACCAAAGACAUCAACAAACGCGUGGUCCAGUGCGUCGUCAGCAGUUCAGCUCUGCUGGAGGAGAAAACCAUGCCCUUCACCAUACAGGUCUACUUUUCACCCAGGGAAGUGAACAUUACCACAAAAUCCAAGGAAACAUUUCAGUGCAUGGCUCAAGCCAACCCAAGUGCAGAAUUAACUUGGAGCAGAUCAGGCCAAGCGUGGCCUCAGUCUGCCGUCCGAGGAGAGGAUGGAACACUACAGUUUCAGAGCAUGAGCUCUGACCUGAAUGGCCUCUACCAUUGUGAAGCAUCUAACCAACAUGGAAGGAACCAUGGUAACCUCUUUGUGCAUGUGACUUCAGGAAGCUGCACCGCUUGUUGGACUUUGUUUGCUAUUUUGCUUUCUGUCAUUAUCAUUGGAGCUGCAGCGUGGUACCUUUAUAAAUCUGGAAAAUUUCCAAGGUCAUUAGGUGGGACAAGCAGGAAGAAGCAGAAGGAUCAAAGUAAUUCCAGGGGAUCCAGCGAAGAGGGACAGAGAGUAAAAGAAGAAGACCCAGAAGAAGAACUUUAAGAAGAAACGUUACAACAGUGACCUCAUUGACGUCCAUGGAAGCGACAAGAUCGUCAGCAAUUGUAUUGCAGGUGAUCUACAAGCUCCACCACACUGUUCACUCGGUGAAUAGGUGCAACAGUCCAGGUGCUGUGUAUCAGUUUGUAUCCCCGUCAGUGCCAGUUAUUAUAUAAUAUAUUUUUAAUUCAAGGUUGUUUUUUUUUAUAUUUCCUGUUUGGAACUGAUUACUCAUUGAGGUCCUCCCAUGUUGACCUCGCCUCAUUUCAUUCCGGUGGGUGGAGGGAGGGAGAAUAAAAAUAACAAUGAUAACAGUAAUAAAUACAUAGUUAAAUAUGUUGACGAUAAAAAACAUUAAUAAAACGUAAUAGAUAAGGAUAAAAUACAUACAAAAAACAGAUAGAUAUACUUCUAUAUAUAUAUAUAUAUAUAUACCACAUAUGGCUGACAGUAUAAAUAUUGUCCCUUUAGUGUUUACAAUGGCACGGCUGCCUGUCUCGUCAAGACUUGCCUAACUACUAAUUGCUAGCAAAUUUUUCCUGUUGCCUGGAGAUUGUCUGCAGAGGACGCAUAUCUGUCUGUGUAAUAGUUUACCGUCAAUAUGGGAAAAAAAACUUGUAAUGUCAAUGUUGAGUUUGCUACAACAGAACAGGUUACUUUGCCGGGUACCCAACUGAGUUUAUUUAUGCCAACACCACCACUGAAAGUACGAUCACACUGAAUUCAAAGCUCAAACUCAAAGCUGCUCAACUUUUGAAACUGCAUAAGAUGGAAUAUAUCUAUAUCUCUAUAUAUUUUAUUCUAAUUCAUACAAAGCCUAACCUAAAAGCAGUAUGUCUACUUUGAAAUGUUUCUACAACUGCAAACAGUUUGUAUUAUGCAGUAACCACAAGUGGUUACUACUUUUACUUACUUUACAAGUAAUUAUUUUUAAUACAGUUAGUACAGUUCUUUCAAUAAGUUUGAAGUAAUGUGUUACCUGUUGUGUUAGCUUCUGAACUGCAUUAAGACAGAAGUUAGCAAUGAAGCUCUACGUUCCAAUCAAAAAACAUGUAUAAUAUGAAAAGUUACACUGCAUCUCCAAAAUGCAUAUUCCUGUUAUACUGUCUCGUGUGUUUACAGUUGAUUUGUGUAAGAAACGCACAUCCAGGUGCACAAUGGACAUGUUUGCUCAGAAAAGGUGUUUUUCAGAGCUAGCCUAAAGUAUAUAGCCAAGCUAACACCUCUGUGAGUAAACAGGCACAACCUAUACCUUUAGCUUAAUGCUAAUAUUGCGAAGCUAACAUACUCACAAUCCCAGUGUAACUACGCUAAAGUUUAGGAGCUAACCUGUGCACCUCUAGCUGGUAAGCAUGCUUGUUAACAUUUGAUAUUUACCAGUGUGUGACCGGCACAGCCACACAGUUAGCAUUGCUAAAAAAUGAGCGAUUACUGCAAUCAAUUUAAUUAUCGUUAAGACAAAACCGAAAAUAUCUAUCUGCUAAUGGCACUAGAGGAAACAUUAAGAGGUACAGGAUACAUCAUCAAGGGGCCAUGAAUGUCUACACCCAAAUUGGUGUAGGCCUAGACAUAGUUUUCCUGGAUGAAAACCAACUACAGUUUAUUCAAUCCAUCCACAAUUUGAGGAUCACUGCAGACACUGGGAUUCAUCCUGUGGACAAGAAACUGUCAAGUGAAUCAAACCAAGUGUUCGACUGACCAAAAUAUAGUUUUAGUUAUAGUCUUAGUCCUGAUUAGUCUGUAGGCUUGGCUUUAAUCAUAUUUAUUCAAACUAAUUCUUCUGAGCUUUAAUUAUACACAAGUUACAUAUUUUUAACUGUUGUACUUAAAUCUUUAUGUAUCUGAUUUUCCAGUCAGUUUAGGGUGUGGGUCAUGGCGAGACCUUUAAAACUAAAGCUGCAACAGUAUCUCUUUUCCACUAAUUCAAUUCCUACUUGUUGAUAUACUACACUUCAUAGCAGCAGCACAAAGUGCUUUAUGUAGUACUUAAAGAUACAGUAUGAAUAAGUGAAUGUGCAUUAAACAACCUUUAAUUUGCCCAAGAUUUGGCAAUAAUAGAAUCAUGUUUAAAGGGCAACUUUAAACUUAAAAGACAUUUGAAAACAUUUUGAAAAUGAAAAAAUUUAAUAAAAUCUGUCCGUGCGGAGAAGUGAGUCUACCAGACAUCUGUAGCCUGCUCCUUAUGUUUUUUAAGUUUACUGGUUUGAGCUCUUUCAUACAUGCUUGGUCUACGUGAACCACUACUAACAUAACACCCAAAUUUCUGACUGAACUAUCGGAAGCUGAGUUGCAUUGUGGGUCUUUUUGUUGUUCUAAAGCCUUAACUCAUCAUGAUCAGUGUGUUGUGUGUUCAGUUAUUCACAUUACAUUUUUUUCAUUGAAGUUUUUAGAGUAGAAGAGACUUUACCAAUGCAGUAAUUUUCUCACAAAUGUUUUUUUUCCCGUGUGGUGUGUCUUUCCAUUUCAGUCUUGUUCCAUUGCUUGUUUUUAAAUUACAUUGACUCAAGUAGUGAUGACAUUAAUUGCCUUCGCGUGCACUUGUAUCCUCAUUAAAGUAAGUUAAACAUUA